AUGGCCAGGCCCAAUAAGCAAAAAAAGUACCCGAAGAAUGGCAGGGCGAACGAGAAAAGAAAGGCAGAGGAAGAAGAACAAAAACGUCUUCGUGAAAGGGUCGAACAAUACGACCCCGCCGUCGACGAGGCCUCCCUCGCACAGUUUAGCGACCUUCCAAUCACUCAAAACACGUUAAAGGGGCUCAAGGACUCGGCGUUUGUGUCCCUCACCGAGAUUCAGAAAAAAUCCAUCCCCGUUGCACUCAAGGGUGAAGAUUUGAUGGGCACGGCAAGAACCGGUUCGGGCAAGACUCUAGCGUUUUUGGUGCCUGUGAUUGAGAUCUUGCUCCGAAAUGACAUUACAGAAUUCGAUGGACUAGCCGCGUUGAUAGUCUCGCCCACGAGGGAACUAGCUGUUCAGAUUUUCGAAGUGUUGGUCAAGAUUGGGAAAUACAACUCUUUCUCCGCGGGUUUGGUCACUGGAGGAAAGGACGUCCAGUACGAGAAAGACCGCAUAUCGCGGAUGAACAUCUUGGUGGGCACUCCCGGGCGGAUCUCGCAGCAUUUGAACGAGUCCGUAGGCAUGGAGACGUCAAAUCUUCAGGUCUUGGUCUUGGACGAGGCAGACAGAUGUUUAGACAUGGGAUUCAGGAAGCAGAUCGAUAACAUAAUCAAGCAUCUUCCGCCAACGAGGCAGACUAUGUUAUUCUCGGCUACUCAAACGGAUAGCGUUCAGGACUUGGCCAGAUUGUCGCUAGUUAAUCCCAAAAAGAUCGGUUCUUCGCUGGACCUGGACGUUUCAGCAGUGCCGGAAUCCUUGGAUCAAUACUACGUCAAAGUUGCCUUGAAUGAAAAACUAGACGUUCUCUGGUCGUUCAUCAAAUCGCAUUUGAAAAGCAAGAUGUUGGUGUUUUUCUCAUCCUCGAAACAGGUUCAGUAUGCAUACGAGACUUUCCGGACACUACAGCCCGGUAUCCCACUAAUGAAACUCUACGGCCGUCAUAAGCAAACUUCCAGACUCGAAACAACAAUGAAAUUCUCCCAGGCACAGCACGCUUGUCUUUUUGCCACCGACAUUGUGGCAAGGGGACUCGACUUCCCCGCCAUUGACUGGGUGAUCCAAGUCGAUUGUCCCGAGGACGUGGCAACUUAUGUUCAUCGAGUUGGAAGGUCGGCUCGUUUCGGAAGACUGGGAAAAUCCUUGUUGAUGCUAUUGCCGACAGAGGAGGAAGGUAUGUUGAAACGGAUGAAGUUGCACAAGAUUGAGCCGAAAUUCAUGAAUAUCAAGGAAAAGAGCAAGAAAUCAAUCAGGCCUCAACUUCAGUCCUUGUGUUUUAAGGACCCGGUGAUGAAGAAUUUGGGCCAGCGUGCAUUCAUUGCUUAUUUCAGGUCUGUCUACAUACAAAAGGACAAGGACGUGUUCAAAGUAGACGAGUUACCAGUGGAGGAGUAUGCUGCGUCAUUAGGCUUGCCUGGUGCCCCCAAAAUCAAAAUCAAAGGAGGCGAGGCCAACAAGAACAAGAAGAACCAAUCACGGCAGUUGCUUCAAUUGUCAAAGUCUAAUGACAAUGGUGAUCCAAGUGACCAACCGGCAAAAGUACGGACCAAGUAUGAUAGGAUGUUUGAAAGAAAGAAUCAAACGAUUUUGUCGGAUCACUACCUCAACAUGACAAAAGCAAAAGAUGCUGCAGAAGAUAAUGAUGAUGACGAUGAAGAUGGUGGGUUCAUGACUGUGAAACGUCACGACCACGACUUGAACGAGCAAGAUCUCCCAGACUUGCUGUUACCUGUUUCUAAGCGCCAGGCAAAGAAAGCCCUCUCGCGAAAGGCGACUUUGGCGUCCAAGGGCAAUCCGACUAAACUCAAAUUCGAUGACGACGGCGUGGCGCAUGCUCUUUAUGAGUUGGAAGACGAAGAAGACUUUAUCAAAGCUGGUGAUGCUAAACAGCAGAAGCAAGACUUUGUUACAAAAGAACGCGAAACCAUGAAGGUUCAGGACUUGGCCGACAAGGACAUGGAAAGGCAGAAACGACAGGAAAAGAAACGAAAGAGAAAAGAAGCAGAGAGACAAUUUAGAGAAGAGGCGCAGUAUUCUGAUGACGAUGAUGAUGACAGGGAGUCAAUUCCUGAUUUGGAGCGGGACAUGGAGCCGAAAGCCGACACAGAUGGCAAGAAACGAAGUAAUUGGUUUGAUGAAGAACCGGCAUCCAAGAAGCAAAAAUCGCAUGACAAAUUUGUUGAAUACAAUGAGCCAGAAACCUUGGAAGAUCUUGAAUCUUUAGCGGCUACUUUAAUUGGAAACUGA